AUGUCAAAUUCAACAUCUUCAACUCUGACUUAUUUUAUUCUUGAAGCUUUCCUGGAUGUUGGCCCACACCUGAAGUACCUGUGUUUUGUGGUGAUUGCAUUGUUGUAUGUUGUUAUUGUGUUGUUGAACGUGUUCCUGGUCCUGGUUAUCUGCAUGAACAGGAGUUUACAUGAACCUAUGUACAUGUUUCUGUGCAGCCUGUUUGUAAAUGAACUGUAUGGUAGUACAGGCUUGUUUCCAUUCCUGCUGAUCCAGAUUCUGUCRGACGUUCACACUGUUUCUGCUCCGCUCUGUUUCCUGCAGAUCUUCUGUAUCUUCAUGUAUGGAAACGUAGAGUUUUAUAGUUUAGCCGUCAUGUCUUACGACAGAUAUGUUGCCAUCUGUUUCCCUCUGCGGUACAGCACUGUGAUGUCUGAUAACGUUAUCCUGCGGCUGGUUGUGUUCUCCUGGUUUCUGCCUUUAGUUAAUUUAGUUGUGAUGCUGUCUCUGAGCGCCUCGUCCCCUCUGUGUGGGAACAUUAUUGAUGGCUUAAAUUGUACCAACUAUAAUGUUGUAAAGUUGGCGUGCAGGAGCUCGACUGCCAGUAAUAUUUACGGACUUGUUUACACCUUCACUGUGAUUGCCAGCCUGGCUGUGAUGAUCCUUUACACCUACAUCAGGAUCCUGAAAGUCUGUUUCUGUGGMUCCAAACAGACCCGACAGAAAGCCGUCAGUACCUGCAUGCCUCACCUGGCCUCUCUCAUCAACUUCUCCUUUGGUAGUUUUUUUGAGAUAACGCAGAGCAGGUUCAACAUGAGCCACGUUCCCAASGUCCUGCGUAUCAUUUUAUCUCUUUACUUCCUCGUGGCUCAGCCGCUUCUUAACCCCGUCCUGUACGGGCUGCAGCUGAAAAAACUACGACUUACCUGUAGAACUCUGUUCUUUGGUUCAAAAUAAGAUCCAGGUUGUUUAAAAGCUG